UUCUUUCUAAGAAAUGUCCCAAAUCAUGCAUUUCCUAGUGUCUUGUCAGAUUUGUCAUUCCUAAUGUAGUUUUCUAAAAUAAAAUAAUAAAAAGUAAAAGAGUAAUUAGUAACUAGUAACUUGUUCUAAAAUAAAUAAAUAAAUAGUAACUUGUAACUAGUAAAAAACCCCCAAAUCAGACCCAACACAACCGUAUCUAUUAUCUUCAACCUCACUCAAACCAUUUCUUCGAUCUACAAACCCCUAAAUCCUCACACGCCUCCUUCUUCUUCCGAAAAUUCACCGCUAUCAGUGGCUUCAAAUCUGGCAAACCACUGCGGUUAAUGUGUGGUAUUACAUGGAAGCUCUGCAAAAGAAGAAUCUGCUAAUGGGUUAUCUUCUUUUGAUGGUAUUACUAUUAUUUUUCACCUCUGGUAUACAAGCUUGGACUGGUGAGAUCCAUGGUAGAGUCGUCUGUGAUGUCUGCGGUGAUUCCUCAAUUGGGCCUGAAGAUCAUGUUCUUGAAGGGGCUGAAGUGGCUGUUCUUUGCAUCACAAAAUCUGGGGAAGUUUUAAAUUACCAGGCAUUCACAAAUGAAAAGGGACUGUACACAGUGGCAGAGACAAUGCCCGAGAGCGAUCGCUGGGAUGCGUGCCUGGCUCGACCUAUCAGCAGCUUCCAUGAGCACUGCACUCAUCUUGGUGAAGGCAGCUCAGGAGUAAAGUUCAGUUAUUCUCAUCCAUCAGGUUACUCUCACCCUGUCAGGACUUUCGUAUAUCGACCUCCAAGUGUCCCCACAUACUGUAUUUGAAAUCCUUAGACUCCUUCCUUGUCCUUGUGUAUACAUAUAGUCAAAAUAUGAGCUUGUUUUAGGCUAAAUAGUAAAAAAAAAAUAAGAUUUGGCAUAUAUCUAUAACAUCUUAUGCAUGUAUUGUUUGUUUUAAGCUUGAGUAUUAGCACUCUCUUUUAAUCCUAGUAUAUAUACACAGUAUAACUUUGAUAAAUUAAUAUUCAGUUAAUUAAUAAUCUUGAUCAAAUUAACACUUGAAA